CAUCUCACCUACACCCCUCUACCCCUAUCCUCAUCCGAACAACACCUCUCCCUCACCCUUCCCACCAGCACAGCACUACCUCUCUUCUCCCCACUCACUCCCCCAGCCAGCCUCCUCCGUUGUAAGCACGAGAGGGAGAGCUGGCACCCAUUAUUCUAAAAAUAGCACAAAUGGCACCACUUCCGUCGGGCUUGAGAAGAAUAAGUUGCACCAAGAAAGUUGUCAGUCUGAUUUAGCUGUUAAGUCGGAUUACAUCAGAGUAUGCAGAAAUCUUGUAUGAUGGGUGCACGGUAGAGCUCAGGUGUUCGUGUGAUACAGCAUUCACCCAAACAACAGCGGAACGACGACAUUGUGGAAAUCAGACAGUUGACCUGUUAACAGAGCACAAUGGAUUCUACAGAGACUCUUGCUUUGAAGACAAUGUCGGAGUUCAAUCCUCCCAACUAUGGAGAUGAGCGCCACCUGGAUCUGUUCCUGGACUUUCUGCUGACAGUGGUGCUACCAAGUGGCAUCGGCCUCAUCCUUGCAUUCUGCAUGGCCAUGUGCAUGUGCAGCUCAGGUUCCAGUCGGAAGAGAAAGUUAGAAGCUGAUGAUGAGCAGUACAGCCGCUAUGAGUCUGUACGUCGGGCAUCGCUCAGUCUCCGUCACAUGUCACAGAAGCGAGACACGCCCCUCAUGAACAACGAUCAGUGUAUGACCCUGGACCGUGAUCACCGACAUCGGCGUGGGUUCCGACCACGGGAUGCGUGUCAGUCAGCUCCUGGAACUCUUCAGAGACAACAUCGAUGGCGACUCAGUGUUCCCAGCCCCUCCCUCCUGCCUACAGCCCCCCACCCCAGUAUCCGGACAAUGAAGAUGACCCCUUCAAUUAUGACGACAUCCCGAUGCAAGAGUUACCUGGUCACGGCCACAUCAACACUGGUGCCUCCACCUAUAACGGCUACAUGACAAAAUGAGCAUCAACGCUCCAGCAGAAAGGGGAGACAACUGAUGGAGGGUAGUCAGUGAGAGGAUGUCUGUCUGGUACACAUCACUGACAUCUUGAUCAUCUGACAUCAUAGCCCAUGUAUACUGAUGAACAGAAAUAAGGGAACAGAUACCUGGGAUAGACACCAGUUAAAUCUUACUGCAACUGUAAAAUUGUUUUGUUUCCUAAUCUCAGUAAGGCCACACAAAAAAUAUUCUCUUUUCUCAUCACUUUUUAAAAAUAUAUGGGUGGGGCAGGCAGAUUAUAUUUUUACAUUUUAUUUCAUGUCCAAAAUUCCUUGAUUUCUGUGGAAAUUUACACCUUUUCUCUGACAGAAAAUAAAAACUUAGAAGUGUGAAAAAUCAUUCACAUUUUGAGAGUCAAAGUUGCAUUUUCUAUAAUGUAAAAAUCUUAGGGUUGGGUCGAAUAUUUGGGUCGGGCAGUAAUGAGAAACAAGAAUAUUUUAAUAUAUGGCCUUUUAAUAUUCAAAAUCUACAGAAAAUGAUGUUCUGAGGUCCCAGAUGGUGUAAGUGAACUGCAAUGAUUUUGAGCACAGACAAAGACACCAGUUUUCAUCUGAAUAUUUCAGAGAACAUCUUGGACAUGUGGUUUCUGUAAGAUAAUAGAACUGUUACGACAGACAAGUGUUUGUUGUUAAAUCAUGCACCUUGCUUACUCCUAGUUGAUAAUGUGCUACAAUAAAAAAAAGUCAAUGGCUAAAUGUCAUUAAUAGUAGCACUUAUCAUAUCUAGACAGAGACAAGGAUGGGCAACAGAUCGUUGCACCAGACCACCCAUUAACAAUCGUCAUAACACACAUUAGUCUGAUGUGAUAUUCCUUUAUCAUCCACAAGAUAUGUUACUAUGUCAUCACAAUCAAAUGACAUCACCAGUCUCUCUCCUACUGAUGCUGGUUACUUUUUGCACUCAAGACCCUGGUUGUUACUGUUUAUAAACCUUAAAGUUAGAAGAAUGAUAUUGGGAUUGAUAAAUGCAAUCUCUCUUGAGCAUAUUUUGAUAUCAAUAUAUCAGUUACAGCUUACAACUCCAAAGUCUGCCCUAUUAUAUUUGAAGAUGGGGUGGCAUGUCCGUCUUCAGCUUCAUCUGUGUCUAUACAGCCUAAAACUGUUGUAACUAUGGUACAUUAAUAUGGAUAUUGUUGUAGUGGUAAGUGUGCCUUAAGUGUAGUGGUGAAAGUGCUGCCCCUGGUCAAGUUCAUAUCCUGCCAGGGUGUGUAUGUAGUGACCUUGGCACUGAGAUUAUUGUAUCAUCCAUAUGGUAAAUGGGUGAGUGAGUGAGUUAAUAUUUAACGUCACAUCGGCAAUAUCUCAGCCAUAUCGUGACGAAUAUGUUAAAUGCACAUGGUGUGAUGCUAAGACUGAUCUUUGGUACAGGGUCUGGUGAAGUUUAAAUCAAAUUGAAGCCUGUACCAUAGAGUGUGAUGUUAGUGCGCUCCAUCGUCACGGCAACAUGGUUGCUUCAUGUUUUUAUAACUUGGGGGACAUUAUUUUGUUCUGUGUUCAAUGAUGGCAUUAAAAUAAUAAUACAAAAUA